UAAGACAACACUCCUCGCGAGUAAUUGCCCCGGAAUUGAUGCCAUUCCAGUGGGCGACUGAGACAGCAGCGGCUUGUGUCGAGUGUUUUGUGAAUCUUUUCACAGGUUGCUCCUCAUUUACCUAACAUUUAUUCUUAUAGUUUUUUUUUGUUUUUGCGUCAGCUUUGGACUCGGACAUCUGUGAAUGGGGAAGGCGCACCGGGUUGAAUCAGCUGUCCCCGGGAUUUCCUAAAGCCCCCCCCUCCCUCAUACGCUCGAUCGUAUUUCAGUCCUUUUUUCUCUUUUUUUGAGGGGGUGGGAGACUUGCGUAUCAGCUGUUGUUGGAUUGUGUUAUGGUUGCGCUGCAGUGAAACAGUUGGACAGCCACGUUCAGCCGGGCAUCAUGAACCUCUGGUGUCUGAAGUUAGUUCUUUUGACAGCACUUCAGGCUUUAUGUAUCUCUGUCCCCGUUUUCUCCAGAUCUACUGAAGGGAAUCGUUUGAGCAUGACUGUUCAACACGGAGCAACAGCAAAACAGAAACACUACGGGACCACAGUACCGCUUCAGCUGGUUGGACGAGACUGGAAACCCAUCAGCCAGCUCAGGUCGCAGAGUCACCCUGCAUCGCUGAAGCUCCUGAUUGAAGCGGAAGGUGAGCAGCUGCUCUUGGCUCUGGAGAAAAACGAGGGGCUGUUUGCAAGUAACUACACAGAAACCCAUUACCUGCAAGAUGGAAAUGCGGUCAGAGGCUCUCACAACUUCACGGCAAACUGCUACUACCACGGCGAGGUGGAGGGUCAUGUCGACUCGGACGUCAGCCUCAGUACAUGUGCUGGUAUCAAGGGUUUCAUAACUCUCGAAGGCAAAUCCUACGUCCUGGAACCAUCUGCUGAUCACUCCGAUGAGACUCACUGGAUCUACACAGCUGAACACCUCAAUUUCGCCUCUGGCACCUGUGGCCAUGAUUUCAACAUAUCCUACCCCACUGAAGCUGCAGCCAGCAGUCCUUUCAGGGCUUUCAGCACAAGGCAUAAACGCCACGUCCAGACUACAACGAAGUAUGUGGAGCUGAUCAUUGUGGCUGACAACAGAGAGUUUCAGAAGCAAGGCAAGGACAUGGAGAAGGUCAAGCAGCGACUGGCUGAGAUCGCCAAUUACGUGGACAAGUUCUACCGGGCUCUGAAUAUCCGCGUUGCCCUGGUGGGACUGGAGGUGUGGAGCGAUGUGGACAAGUGUCCCGUCACGCAGGACCCCUUCACCACCCUGCACGAGUUCCUGGACUGGAGGAAGGUCAAGUUGCUGCCCACGAAGCCUCACGACAACGCCCAACUAAUCAGUGGGGUCUAUUUCCAGGGCACCACCAUUGGUAUGGCCCCCAUCAUGAGCAUGUGCACAGCCGAGCAGUCGGGAGGAAUCGUCAUGGACCAUUCAGACAACCCCAUAGGCGCUGCGGUCACUCUGGCCCACGAGCUCGGACACAACUUUGGAAUGAACCACGACACCCCAGAGAGGGGGUGUGGCUGCAGAGUGACCGCGGAUCGGGGAGGCUGCAUCAUGACUCCCUCUACAGGUUAUCCGUUCCCCACGGUGUUCAGCAGCUGCAGCAAGAAGGACCUCACGGCCAGUUUCGAAAAAGGUGUCGGGAUGUGUCUGUUCAACAUGCCUGAGGUCAAGGUGCUCUACGGGGGGCAGAAAUGUGGCAACGGCUAUGUGGAGGAGGGAGAGGAGUGUGACUGCGGAGAGCUUGAGGAAUGUAUGAAUCCCUGCUGCAAUGCUUCUACCUGCACUCUAAAGGGCGAUGCUGUUUGUGCACAUGGACAGUGCUGCCAGGACUGCCAGCUCAAGCCAGCAGGCACUCCCUGCCGCGAAUCCGGUAACUCUUGCGAUCUGCCUGAGUUCUGCACCGGCACCAGCCCUCACUGCCCCGCCAACGUCUACCUGCAUGACGGCCACGCCUGCCACAACGUGGACGGCUACUGUUACAACGGCGUCUGCCAGACCCACGAGCAGCAGUGCAUCACACUGUGGGGUCCAGGAGCGAAGCCGGCGCCGGGCGUCUGUUUUCAAAGGGUCAACUCGGCGGGAGACCCCUAUGGCAACUGUGGCAAGGACUCCAGGGGCUCCUUUGCCAAAUGUGAAGCACGAGAUGCUAAAUGUGGAAAAAUCCAGUGUCAAGGAGGGGCUAACCGCCCGGUAAUUGGUACCAACGCUGUUUCCAUAGAGACAAACAUCCCCAUGCAGGAAGGAAAACGGAUACUGUGCCGAGGCACACACGUGUACUUGGGCGAUGACAUGCCCGACCCUGGCCUGGUCCUGACGGGGACCAAGUGCGGAGAUGGGCUGAUGUGUCUGAAUCGUCAGUGCCAGAACGUCAGCGUCUUCGGCGUGCAUGCGUGCUCAGCCAAGUGCAGCAGUCGAGGGGUGUGCAACAACAACAAGAACUGUCACUGCGAGGCUCAUUGGGCCCCUCCCUUCUGUGACAAGGCAGGUUUGGGAGGGAGUGUGGACAGCGGCCCCAUCAGAUUAGCAAACAGUGGGAACCUGACAGCGGGCGUGCUGGUGGCUCUCCUCGCCGUGCUGGGAGCUGGUCUGAUCAUCUGCAUCAAGAGGAAAGUCCUACUGGGCCUCCUCUUCACCAGCAAAAAGAACCCAAUUGAGAAGCUCAGAUCAGUAAGUGCUGCAAUCAGCAGCCGAUCGGCGACGAACCAGCCGCAGUCGCUGAGCACGUCUCCGUCGCGACCGGCCCCACCUCUGCCCCCCAGCGCCGCCAUCUUCAAGCCUCACCACCGGGGGGGUCCAGAGGCGGCGCUCCCACCGGCCCCUUACCCCUCCCACAGCCUGCGCAGACUGCCAAAGUGCCCCCCGGUUCACCUCAGCCACCCCGUCCCCCUGUCUCUCACCUUGUCCCUCUCUCCCGGCCCUGGGCUGGCGAGACCCCCAUUGCCUCCACCUCACGUCCACGCCGCAGCGCGGGGGGCGUCCUUUCGUGGCGCGGCCCGCCAUAACUCCUGCAGGAUGGUCAUGGAGUUGGAGAAGCCCAGUCCUCCUCAGAAACCCCUUCCUGCCGAUCCGAGGAUCUCGCAUCUGGUUCGGAGUUCCUCUGUGGUCCAGAGGCCCUCUUCUGUUUGUGGCCCCGCACAGACACCAGGUGUGCCCAGACCCGCGCGCCCUGUCCCAGACGCCAACAGACCCGGUCCCAAGCAACCACCAACGCUACCAAAGCCUUGCAUCAUUGCCAACGUCAAAUACAGCAGCUGAGAGGACGAGGGACGGGAGGGACCAUGUUGUGGCGACACACUACAAGAAUUUGCACUAUGAAAACUAUGAAAACCUUAAAAUGUGGCGGCUUCUUUGUGCAUCAGGAGAUCUGCCGUGUCCCUUUGGUGCUCCUUUCUGGUGCUACGAGUCGGUGCUCAGGUACAUGUAAAGUAUUUAUAUUCUGUAUUUAUUGCCAUGCAGUAUCUUGUCUCCUACACGGUAGCAACUCGCUUGCGUCAGUUUGACCAUUUUCUCUACGCCUCAUCGACGGUGACGGUGACAGGAGGUUAAAACGUUUUCUAAAAAGCCAACUUGUGAAAUUCUGUUGGCAGACCAUAUGAAACGUGUUUUAAUGAAGGGAACCCUUUACAUGAUGCUUUUUGUUCUGUAUAUUACAGGAGGGAGGGAGUGUGGGGGUGGGGGCGAAGAGUGUUGUGCAAUGACAGAUGAGAACAACACUUGUUGUUCAUGUGGAACUCAAUGUUUAUUAAAGGGGUAGGGAGAAAAUAAAAAGUUGUGUUACUGCAACAGUUCUGCAAUGGGAGAAGGGGGGGGACUCGAGUCUGUUCCCUCUGCAUUUGUAUUUCGGGUAACCAGUCGAUUUGGAAAAUGUCACCAACUUUCCAUAACAAGACCCAAGAGGCUCAGUUAAGGGAUCUUGGUUCUGAGGUAUGGGCUCGACAUGGAUCCAGGAAGCGUUGAUUUGUCGGAGGCAGAGCGGAUGUCUCUGCUGAAAGGUCAUGCGUGUUUCGGAGCCUUUCCUUGUGUGCCUCUCUAAGCCGAUGGGCUCUGUGUGAAACCCGGUGAAUGAAUCCCAGAGGACUUCCUCGGAGCUGUGGUCACGCAGGCGUCAUGGAGGCAUGUGAUCAGCCCGUGUCAGGCUGAACUGUUCAUGUGUGGCUCGAUAUGUUUGACAAGGACACAUUUCUGCCACUGAAAUGAAGUGUUGUCAUUUUCAAUUAUUUUUAACUUGAAUGAAGUUUUUUAAAGCCGAUAUACCCGAUCCUACAUUGCUUUGUACUUGUGGUAAUUGAAAAUGUUUGCAUAUACAUUCACACUGCGCAACUUUUCCUUUAAGCACAGCUCUCGUUCACAAAUGUGUAGGCUAAAAGGUGGCUUUGAAUUUUUGUUACUUUUGAUACAAUUAUCUUUUUAAUAAUGCACUAGAUUUACAUGCAGUGCUUUGUUUACUUUGCUUUUUCAAUGCUAUGUGUGUUCAUGUAAUAAUAUACAUUAUUUGAGUCCUGUCACCUGACUGUAUGUUAUUACCACAUGUUUCUUUUAUGUUGUGUUACAGGUGAACACAUAUCCAUGGAGAAUGCUUUUUUUUUUUAAAUAUAAUGAUUGUUUGAUACAUCAUAUGUAAAGAAAACACUUAAGUGUCUGGUGUUUUAGUAAAAACGUUUUGCAAACA